AUGGCGACCUGCAUCGGCGAGAAAAUAGAGGAUUUCAAGGUGGGGAACCUCCUGGGGAAGGGCUCCUUCGCUGGGGUCUACAGAGCAGUAUCCCUGAAAACCGGUCUGGAAGUGGCUAUCAAAAUGAUAGAUAAAAAAGCCAUGCACAAGGUUGGAAUGGUACAGAGGGUUCAGAAUGAGGUGAAAAUACAUUGUCAGCUAAAGCAUCCAUCUAUAAUUGAGCUUUACAACUAUUUUGAAGAUAGCAACUAUGUAUACCUGAUACUUGAGAUGUGUCACAAUGGUGAAAUGAGCAGAUACAUAAAGAACAGAAAGAAACCCUUUUCAGAAGAAGAAGCUCGACACUUCUUGCAUCAAAUUAUCACGGGUAUGCUGUAUCUUCAUUCUCAUGGAAUACUGCACCGGGACCUCACCCUUUCUAAUAUCUUACUCACCAAUAAUAUGAAUGUCAAGAUUGCUGAUUUUGGACUAGCAACUCAGCUGAAAAUGCCUCACGAAAAGCAUUACACCAUGUGUGGAACUCCAAAUUACAUUUCUCCAGAGAUAGCCACAAGGAGUCCACAUGGACUUGAAUCUGAUGUAUGGUCUUUGGGUUGUAUGUUUUACACUCUUCUUAUUGGAAAGCCACCUUUUGACACUGACACAGUCAAGAACACGCUGAAUAAAGUAGUAUUAGCAGACUAUGAAAUGCCAGCCUUUUUAUCAAGAGAGGCGCAAGACCUUAUACAUAGGUUACUUCGCAAAAAUCCAGCAGAUCGCUUGAGUCUUUCCUCUGUGUUGGAUCAUCCUUUUAUGUCCAGGUGUAGCUCUGCCCGGAGUAAAGAUUCGGGAACUUCAGAAGAUUCCAUGGACAGUGGAAAUGCUACCAUCUCUACAACCUUCACAGGCUCUUCCAGCAUCAGUACCAGUGGUUGCUUGAAGGAAAAGAAGAAGCUGUUGGUUGGACAGCCGCUCCCAAAUAAAAUAACUUUUUUUCCUAAAAGCAAGAAUUCCACUAAUACUUCAUCAGUAGAUGGAAGCGGUUCUUUUCAUCAGUGGGGAAUUCAGGGAAAAGAAAUUGGCAUAACUGGCAGGGGAAGAACCAUGCAACUUGCUGAAGAGAGACCACAUUCACGCUACCUCCGAAGAGCCCACUCUUCAGAUAGGUCUGGCACAUCCCAUAGUCAGACUCAAGGCAUAUCAAAUAUUGUUGAGAGAUGUCACUCUAUGGAACUGCUUUCUAAGCCUAAAGUAGGAACAAGGGAAAAUACAGAAUGCUUUUCACCUGCAAACAGCUAUACUGACAUAGGAGAAAUAUUUAAGGAGAAAACUUCUAGUAGCUCUGGUUCUUUCGAAGGGCAAAUAUCUCCACCUGUAAAAGAUCAACCACACUCAAAUUAUCUCUGCCCAGUGAAGCCCCAGGUUGGUUUGUUAGAGCAGAAGUCCCAGGCUGAAACAAUGCAGCAGUGGCUUGGAAGCAUGCAAACAAAUGUUCCACUGAGACCGCCUGCAGACCUAACUGGCAACAGUAAUGCACAUGGGGGUUUCCGGUAUCUGGAUGUGCAGCAAGAUGCAUCAAGAAAUGCAUGGAACACCUUAAAAGAUAUCAGGAAUCAUGAUGCAUCCAUCGACUGUUCACAUUCUUUGAACCAGAGAAACCCAAAGAAAUACAUCCCUGGAGUUCUCUGCAAAUCUGAGAAAAUUCAACCAUCUUCUACGUGUGGCCUUUGGUCAACUUCAGAACAAAACCAAACGUGGGGCAAAGAACCACCAGCACAUCAGAAACCUACACUGCGAAGUAUAGUGUCACCUCUCAAUGCUCACAGACUAAAACCAAUCCGGCAAAAAACAAAAAAUGCAGUGGUGAGCAUUCUAGAUACUGGGGAAGUGUGUAUGGAGUUUCUAAAAGAACACCACUCGCAAGAGCUUGUGAAAGAAGUUCUCAGAAUAUCUUGUGAUGGAAAUGUGAUUGCAGUUUAUCAUCCAAAUGAAGGAAGAGGUUUCCUUCUUGAUGACAGACCUCCUGCUCCUCCUGAAGACAUCUGCAUGUAUGAUUUUGACAACUUGCCAGAAAAGUACUGGAAAAAAUACCAGUAUGCAGCCAAGUUUGUGCAGUUGGUAAGAACAAAAACCCCCAAAGUUACGUUCUACACAAGAUAUGCCAAGUGCAUGUUGAUGGAAAAUUCACCCACUGCAGAUGUUGAAAUUUGUUUUUAUGAUGGAGCAAAGAUACACAAGACAGCUGGUAUAACUCGCGUGAUUGAAAAAUCAGGGAAGUCCUUCACUUUGAAAGGAGAAAACGAAGCGGGUUUGAAGAAGGAAAUACAAGUUUAUAUGGAUCAUGCAAAUGAGGGACAUCGUAUAUGCCUUGCACUGGAAUCUGCUGUCUUGGAAGAAGAAAAAAGGAGUGCAAGUGUUCCAUUUUUUCCAAUAAUUGUUGGAAGAAAACCUGGCAUUACUGAAUCGCCACAGGCUGUAGUACCUCCACUGUUGGACAACACAAACUGUUCAAAAGAAGUUAUGGCACUGGAUAGAAAUAUAGCUGCCAGUUCUACUCCAGUUCAGAUGCCAAACUGUACUCCUGUGGUGUCGUAUGAAAAGUCUACUUUUAUGACUAACACUGCUGAAACUACAUGCUCCUCUGUUCAUCAAACGGAAUGCAGUCCAAAUUCAGCCCAACUUUUAAAAUCUGUCUUUGUGAAAAACGUUGGUUGGGCUUCUCAGCUGACCAGUGGAGCAGUAUGGGUUCAGUUUAAUGAUGGAUCCCAACUGGUAGCCCAAGCAGGUGUUUCUUCUAUCACUUACACAUCUCCAGAUGGCCAGACAACUAGGUAUGGAGAAAAUGCUAAGUUGCCAGAAUACAUCAAAGAGAAGCUACACUGUCUGUCUUCCAUUCUUGUGAUGUUUACCAAUCCAGCUGGUCCUCACUGA